UCUUUCGAAUUCUCUGUUAUCAUCAUCUAUUGGAUUCUCUGUAUGGCAGACACACAAACGCUACCACCCAAAAAGCGGAUAGGAGUAUGCGCGUCUUCCAGGUAUUGGUGCAGCCGUUAUGACCGAUUAUCGCGAACGGAUCGCCGCCACAAAGCUUCGCGAGUGUACCUAGAAAGGCCUGGGCAGAUGAUUGGUAAGGAGGAUUGAGGACUUGAAAGGUAGCAUAGACGUCGAUGCAAAUGAUGUAUCGGUCAGUUUGGAACGACCGGCGUGCGAGGAACGGACAUGUAUCAGUGAGAUGUUAUCGGGAAGUCACUGUGGGCGUCAGU